AUCUAGUCAUGACAGUGUGACAGGUGAAUUUGGUAGGCUUGGGUUGCUAGGAAGUUACAAUUCCGGGCCAUUCUGUUCCAUUCCGGAUGGCAUUUUAGUUGUUAACGGGUGAAUAAAAUAUAAUAGCAGAAAGGUUUUGAUUCUGUUCCAGCUUUUACGCUGUCCCUUUUCUUUAGAAGGGGAGGGGAGCGAAGACUGCUUCUGCCACUCAGACCUCCAAGGGUUAAAUGAACUGAGCUGUGGAUCCUAGAGAGGCAGGACCCCUCGCUGGAUCGUCACCUUGCAGUGGUGAGUGGGCUUGCCUGUUCCAAUGAACCCUAUGAGCGAUGCUGUUGGGAGUCAUGUACUCCCAGCAGGGUCACCCAUGGCGGUAAGGUCAACGGAGAGGAACCAGACAAAGAACGAUCCAAGAAUGUCCUCAGUGGCAGAACAGGCGGAGGAUAACAAUGUGUACGUUACAACGGCUGUGAAGGUGGAUGAAGGCUGCAGCAGAUAAAAGACUUCCAAUCGUCGUGGUAUCCAUGCCAUUGAGUCCAAGCCUUUUUCUAUCAAGAUUUUGUGUUGAUCGUGGUGCAGCGAUCUCCCCACACAAAACAAAUUCACGCACAGGCGUCUUCCAAGCAAAUCCAUCUGGAAACCUAUGUCCUCACUGUGGGAGGCUGUGUGGAUCCAUAAUUGGCCUCCACAGUCACUUACAGACCCACCGUUAAAGACCUUCUUGGAAGACAAUCUUACUUGGCCACGAGUGAUCGCCAAUGAGAGAGGCAGGAAAUUGCCUUCACAGAUGAAUCCUGCAGGGCAGAUGUAGGAGUCAAUGUCCAGGGGUUGUAUUUCUGCAUAUUUGAAAGUUCAUGAAAUUAGUUUAUUUACUAUCUCCACCUGGAUGGAAAGGUGAUAGCUAAGACACCAGGGAGCCAUUUGUGAUGUCAUCAGAAAAAAACUAAGCAGGAAAUAUGAAAAGUGACAUUUUGAAAUCAAAGGAGACCUAAGAGGCGCAAGAGGAGCUAACCAAGUAAUGGGAUGAAGAAAUCCUCAAGUUCUCGGGGUGCCAACAUCCAUGAACUCCUAAAUGCAGAUGAUCAUGAAGGAAAGAGAAGGAAAAAGGGCCCAGUGUAUGUGGAAAUAUUCAAAGACAAAUCAGUAUUAAAUAGACAUUUCAGAACACAAACAAGGGAGAACCCACUGAAAUGCAUGCAGUAUGGAAAGAGUAGAAAUCUCACUACACAUCAAAGAACCUACACAGGGGAGAAGCCUCAUAAAUGCAUUGAGUGUGGAAGGGUCUUCAGCCAGAGAGGAAAUCUGAAUAUACAUCAAAGAACCCACACUGGAGAUAAACCAUAUAAAUGUAUGGAAUGUGGUAACAGCUUCAGCCAGAGUGGAAAUCUAAAGAAACAUCAAAGAACCCACACAGGGGAGAAACCAUAUGAAUGCUUGGUGUGUGGAAAGUGUUUCAGUCGGCGUGGUACCCUUACUUUACAUGAAAAAACCCACACAGGGGAGAAACCAUAUGAAUGCUUGGUAUGUGGAAAGAGCUUCAGUCGGCGUGGUACCCUUACUUUACAUGAAAAAACCCACACAGGGGAGAAACCAUAUGAAUGCUUGGUAUGUGGAAAGAGCUUCAGUCAGAGGGUACAUCUUAAUACACAUCAAAGAACCCACACAGGGGAGAUGCCUUUUAAAUGCGUGGUGUGUGGAAAGAGCUUCAGUGACAGCAGCCAUCUUGUCGUGCAUCAAAGAACCCACACAGGAGAGAAACCAUAUAAAUGUAUGGAGUGUGGAACGAGCUUCAGAGUGAGCAGCCAUCUUGUCGUGCAUCAAAGAACCCAUACAGGGGAGAAGCCAUAUAAAUGCAUGGAGUGUGGAAAGAACUUCAGUCGGGGUAGUCACCUCAAUUUACAUCAAAGAACCCACACAGGAAAAAAACCAUAUAAAUGCUUGGUGUGUGGAAGGAGCUUCAGCCAGGGUGGAAAUCUUAAGAAACAUCAAAAAACCCACACAGGGGAGAAAUCAUAUCAAUGCCUAGUGUGUAGAAAGAGCUUCCGUCAGAAUGGAACUCUUGCUUUACAUCAACGAACCCACACAGGGGAGAAGCCAUAUGAAUGCAUUGAGUGUGGAAAGAGCUUCCGUCAGAAUGGAACCCUUGCUGUACAUCAACGAACCCACACAGGAGAGAAACCAUAUGAAUGCAUCGAGUGUGGAAAGACAUUCAUUGAUAGCAGUAGUCUUGCUAAACAUGAAAGAAUUCACACAGAUGAGAAACCAUAUGAAUGCUUUGUGUGUGGUAAGAGCUUCCGUGAGAGUGGAGCCCUUACUUCACAUCAAAGAACUCACACAGGGGAGAAGCCAUAUAAAUGCAUGGAGUGUGGGAAGAGCUUCAGUAUCAGUGGAAGUCUUAAUACACAUUUAAGAACCCACACGGGUGAGAAACCAUAUAAAUGCAUGGAGUGCGGAAAGACAUUUAGUGAUAGCAGUUCUCUUGCUAAACAUCAAACAAUUCACAGUGGUGAGAAAUCAUAUAAAUGUAUGGAAUGUGGAAAGAGCUUCAGGAGUGGUACCAACCUUACUUCACAUCAUAGAACCCACUCUAGGACACAGUCAUAUAAAUGUGUGGAGAGUUGAUAGUUGAUAGGCAUUACCAUAAGAAUACACAUCAUAUGGGACCCCAGGGUAUCCACAUAAGUGGAAGACAUUUAAGUGCAUGUGGUGUGGAAGGGGCUUGAGCAACACUCAAACCUUAUUAGAGAUUACAGACCCCAGUCAGGAGAAAAAUCAGUAAAUAACGGGAGAUCUUACUAGCAGGCAAACCAUAGAACAACUCACUCUGACUAAAGCUGCUGUGGGAAACCAUGACUGAUUUUCUAUUUCCCCUUCCCUCUGUGGAGAAAUACUUUAUAUAUGUCUCCACAGUGUGUUCCUAGGCCUGGAACUUCUGGGAAGAUGCAAGUAGCAGAACUUGCCCUCUGAGACCAUGGGGCAGGGCAGUGGUGGAUGUAUGUAAUUUAUUCUGAGUUUCUUUCCUGGACAUUUUUUUUUCUUAAUAAUGUUGUUUGGUAUUUAGGUUAAUUUUUGUAAAUUGUAUUGCUUUCAUUGAUGUAUUUUUAUACUUGUGUUUAUUUUUCUUUGUAAGACGCCUUGAGGGCCUUUGGCCGAAAGGUGGGGUUUAAAUACAUUUUAAUAAUAAUAAUAUGUCUGCUUAUGUUUGCAUUUGAUGACAAAGUAUGUUCUGUGACUGUCAUGAGGCCUUGUAUUGUUACAUUGUUGCAAGCCUGCUUAGCAGUGGCUGCUUCUUGACAGGUUCUGUGAAGGGAGAGAGACAAGAUCAUUUUUGAGAAUUUAUUAGACGGGGUCUGGAUCAGGUAAAUUCAUUCUGAUUAGUCUGGGUGACAGCGGACUCCACUGUCGGUAUGGGGGUCAGUUGGUUAGAGUCAGUGGGAGUGAAAGGUUCAUGAGGGCAGUGUGAAGAAUUGAGACCAGACUACAGCUGAAGGAAAAAUUGUGGCCUGUAUAUUUACACCCAGUGUAUAGUUAACACUUGUGCCUCCCUAUGUAAAGGUCUUGCCAAAGGAAGGUGAAAGUUUUUUAAAUUUGGCUAAACUGUCCAAGCUGCCAGAAGUACAACUAGAGGAGCUUUGAGGGUACAGAGACAGAUUAUCCCCAGUAGCUUGUCUGGGUAUUUGGCUGGGUUGGAGGUUUAGGGAAAUCGGCCCGUGUUGAAAGCCACUUAGAGGCUGUUGUCUGCAAGUGUCUCUUAUGUCUUCCGAAACUGUCAUCAAGCACCUUUAAGACCCCAAUAUAAAUAUCUGUAUUUCCUUAUGUAAAUAGUAUCCCUCUAAUAAACCAACAGUCUUAGUUUA